GGGGCGGUCUGUUGUCAACAUUUUUGCAGCGCUUCGCAGUGAAGCAGCUGAUAGAGCUACCAUGGCCUCUUCGGGGUUUCGGGGUGACGUUUCCCAGGUGCGUGGCGGCCGUGAUCCCGUCUUCUCUGAGGCCAUCAACCAGAAGAUGCGUGUCCCGGACCGGCUGAGAGUGGGGCCAGGCAUGGGACAGGGAGGGGAAGAGGCGAGGCAGGGGCGUGCUGAGCGUCCCGCUUCCUAUAGCAUGCACAUCCCAGACAGGCUGUCUCUCACAGAUGCCCCGGACAUGAGCCCCCGUCCACUGUUCACGCCAUCCAAGCACAACUCAGCCCUCCCCUUGGGGCUUGCAUGGGAGGCACAGCAGCAAGGUGCCUGGGACAGAGACCCCUACAUGAGGGAACCAGUGCAGAGUCCCCUGCGGAGGUCCUACAGUGACCAGGCUUUUGGCAGGAGUGACCCUGACACCCCCACCUCCAAACAGGCACUGCACACCCCCACCUUUCGUGGCGGUGCAGGACGCCCCCCUAAGCGCUCCGCUGCUGCUGCAAACCCCCUGCCCAUGCCCCUGGGGCUCCCUGCCAUCCCACCCAGCCACCUGUCCCCAACGACCAUGCUUCAGGCCGCCAAGGAACUGGGCCAACAGGCCUCACAGCGCCUCCUGCAGACUGUCACACAGAAAUACAGGUUCAGUUAUCCUGAACAUCCAACGACUGCUGUGGUCGAGGCACCCCCUGUGUACGUUGAACCAGCCAGGAAAAGUGCCAUGCAGGACUCCUGGAUGAGCCCAGAUGAUGAGGGAAGUGCCGCAGCUGUGGAGUUCAUCGUACUUAGGAGACAGCCGGAAAGAACUCUUGGAUAUCAGAAUGGCGGUAACUCACCAGCAUUACGACCAGGAAUACGACUUUACCGAAUUGGAUCCUUUUUUUGCACACCCCAGGGCAAUUGAACUUAUCCCAGAGGCUGCUCCAAGACGCUGCUGGCGGUGAAGAGGUAAUCGGAAUAGACUUCUCGUCCGGCUCAGGAGGGAGGCACACCAUCCACCGCUUCCGAGUAUAUUACUCGCUAAUGUUCAGUCUCUGGUCAAUAAAGUAGACAAGCCCAGGACGAGGAUCUUCUUCCAGAGAGACAUCGGGGACUGUGGCAUACUUUGUUUCACGGUAUCAUGGCCCUCUCCGGAUAUACUGUCUCCGUCCCUACAGCCAGCUGGGUUCUCAGUACACCGCGCAGACAGGAAUAAAGAACUCUCCGGGAAGAUUGGCGGUGGUGUGUUUCAUGAUUAACCACUCAUGGUGUGAUUUUUGAUAACGUACACAAACUCAAGUCCUUUUGUUUACCCAACCUAGAAUACCUUACAAUCAAAUGCUGACGGUAUUACCUCUCAAGAGAAUUCUCUUCGGUUAUAGUCACAGCUGUGUAUAUUCCCCCUCAAGCCGAUACCACAAUGGCCCUCAAGGAACUACAAUGGACUUCAUGCAAACUGGAAACCACAUAUCCUGAGGCCGCAUUUAUUUUAGCUGUGGAUUUUAACAAACCAAAUGAGGAAAACGCUACCUAAGUUCAAUCAAUACAUUAACUGCAGUACUUGUGCUGGGAAACCUCUUGACCACUGCUAUUCUCUCUUCCAGGAUGCUUACAAGGCCCUCCCUUCUGCAAAUCAGUUCACGACUCCAUUUUGCUCCUCCCUUCCUAUAGACAGAAACUCAAACAGGAAGUACAUGUGCUAAGGACUAUUCAACUCUGGUCUGACCAAUCGGAAUCCAUGCUUCAAGAUUGUUUUGAUCACGCGGACUGGGAUAUGUUAUGGCUAGCCUCGGAUAAUAUCGUUGACCUAUACACGGACACGGUAACAGAGUUCAUUAGGAAGUGUAUAGAUGUUGUUCCCACUGUGAUGACUAAAACCUACCCAAAUCAGAAACCGUGGAUAGAUGGUAGCAUUCACACUAAGCUGAAAGCGCAAACCACCUCAUUUCACCAUGGCAAGGUGACUGGGAAUAUGGACGAAUACCAACAAGUGUAGUUAUUCCCUCCGUAAGGCAAUCAAACAGGAAAAACGUCAGUACAGAGACAAAGUGGAGUCGCAGUUCAUCGGCUGACACGAGACGUUUGUGGCAGGGUCUACAGACAAUCACGGAUUACAAAGGGAAAACCAGCCACGUCAUAGACACCGACGUCUUGCUCCCAGACAAGCUGAACACCUUCUUCGCCCGCUUUGAGGAUAACACAGUGCCAUCGACGCAGCCUGCUCCCAGGGACUGUGGUCUCUCAUUCUCCGUGGCCGACAUGAGUAAGACAUUAAGCCUGUUAACAUUCGCAAGGCUGCCGGACCAGACGGCAUCCCUAGCCGCGUGCUCAGAGCAUGCGCAGACCAGCUGGCGGAGUGUUUACGGACAUAUUUAAUCUCUCCCUAUCCCAGUCUGCUGUCCCCACUUGCGUCAAGAUGUCUACCAUUGUUCCUGUACCCAAGAAAGUAAAGGUAACUGAACUGACUAUCACCCCAUAGCACCCACUUCUGUCAUCAUGAAGUGCUAUGAGAGGCUAGUUAAGGAUCAUAUGACCUCUACCUUACCUGACACCCUAGACCCACUUCAAUUUGCUUACCGCCCCAAUAGAUCUACAGACGAUGCAAUCGCCAUUGAACUGUACACUGCUUUAUCCCACCUGGACAAGAGGAAUACCUAUGUAAGAAUGCUCUUCAUUGACUAGCUCAGCCUUCAACACUCUAGUACCCUCCAAGAUUAUCAAGCUCGGAGCCAUAGUUUGCCUGAUUACCAACAAUGACGAGACAGCCUACCGGGAGGAGAUGAGGGCCCUGGCGGAGUGGUGCCAGGAAAAUAACCUCUCCCUCAACGACAACAAACAAAGGAGCUGAUUGUGGACUUCAGGAUAAAGCAGAGGGAGCACGCCCCUAUCCACAUUGACGGUACCGCAGUGAAGGUGGAAAGCUUAAAGUUCCUCGGCGUACACAUCACUGACGAUCGAAAUGGUCCACUCACACAGACAGUGUGGUGAAGAAGGCACAACAGCACCUCUUCAACCUCAGGAGGCUGAAAACAUUUGGCUUGGACCCUAAGACCCUCAAACUUUUACAGAUGCAUAAUUGAGAGCAUUCUGUCGGGCUGUAUCACCACCUGGUACGGCAACUGCACCAAUCGCAAUCUCAGGGCUCUCCAGAGGGUGGUGUGGUCUGCCCAGCGCAUCGCCAGGGGCACACUCCCUGCCUUCCAGGACACCUACUACACCCAAUGUCACAGGAAGGCCAAAAAUAUCAUCAAGGACAUCAACCACCCGAUCCACGGCCUGUUCACCCCGCUAUACGGCCUGUUCACCCCGCUAUCAUGAAGGUGAGGUCAGUACAGGGCAUCAAAGCUGUGGCAGAGACAGAAGCUGUUUUUCAAUCUCAAGGCCAUCAGACUGUUAAAUAGACAUCACAAGCCGGCUAACACCCGGUUACUCAACCCUGCACCUUAGAGGCUGCUGCCUCAAAAAAAGAAAGGGAACA